AUGGCCAGCGAUGAGCACGAGGGUGCCUCAACCGCCGAACUCCUCAUUGAAGCCUGCCGACGCAACAACACAGACCUCCUCCAUGAGAUCAUCACCUCCCUCGAAAAAGAAGGCAAGUCUGAAGACGAUAUCGCCGCCAUCCUCAACAACACGACUACGGUCCUCGGCAACCACCUCUAUCACGAAGCGGCUCUCCGCGGAAACUACGAAAUAAUCGACAUGCUCUUGGACCAGCCCGGGUUCGAAUGUGACCCCGUCAACCGCGUAGAGGGCGACACCCCGCUACACAGCGCUAUCCGCUGGAUCAAUAGCGAGCCGAAGGAGAAUUGGGAGUAUGGCAAUGCGCUGGUGGAGAUGAUGCUCGAGGCAGGAAGCAAUCCACGGCUGAAGAAUAAGGGCGGGUUGACGCCGCUGCAGCUGGUUGAUCCCAAGAAUGAGGGGUUGAGGGAAGUGAUCCGGAAGCAUGAGUAUGCGGAGAUGAAUAAGGAUGAUUUUGUUAGUGUGGACGAGGUAAAGGGGAGUGCGGUCCUGCUGGAUGGGGCUGUGCAGCAGGAUAGUGAUGAGGAGGCCGAGUUUAGCGGGAGUGAUGAGGAAGAGAGAGCGGAGUGGGAGCGGAGGAGGGGCAAGAGGUGA